AUGGAAGUUGACCGGAUAGCCUCGGCCCUAAUCAUUGGGGAUGUUACCCUGGAACAAUACAUUCACGGGACUGUUUCUCGUCUCGCUGAGGCAUCCACUCCAGUUGUCGAACAGAAACUCGCCGAACUCUUCCCUGGCGGCGCAGCUAGUAUUGCCAGAGGUCUCGCAGCACUCCGUAUGCGUGUUUUUCUCGUUGGGAUGAUUGGCUCAGACCAAGCAGGGACGUUCACAUGGAAUCAGAUGAACCAGUGCGGUAUUGAUAUCAGUGGACUCUUGGUAGUUCCGGGUCGACGCACGGCCAUGAGGACUGAUUUCAUUGGUAACGGUCAACGACUCCUAACGCUCAAUGCGGAAGCCCCACCUCCACUAUCAACGAUGAUUGAAAACGAAUUGAUACAACUGGCUCGACAAUCCUUGCAUGCCGUUGACAGCAUCGUGCUGGCUGAUUAUGGAAUGGGCACGUUCAAUUCGACCCUGGCGGAAAGGAUCAUCUCGUUGGCAAAACAAGACAACAAGCGCGUCAUUGUCACUACUAAGGACAGUAGGAGUCUCGCCCGGUUUUCUGACGCUACAUUGCUUGCAUCCGAUAUGCAGAUGUUGGCCGCAGCUGAAUUGAACCUCCCUCCCUCCCCCCUCACGACCGGGAUUGAAGCAAGAAUGGAUGCCGUGGCGCGCAUUUUGCUGGGGAGAAACAAACUGGAUGCACUUGUGGUCAUGCACAAAUCCCUGGGACAGAGUCUUUAUGUAACAAACAACAAGAUCAUCAUCCCAAAGACAGGCCAUGUCCUCAAGGAUAUCCGUGGAGCCAGCGAUAGCUUCACGGCAGGGUUGAUCUGGGGGCUUUCUACAGGACAGUCCAUCUUGCAAGCGGUCCACACAGGAAGUUUGGCUCGCGGGAUUGCCGCCUCCCAACUCGGGGUUCCGGCGAUAAGUCUGGAUGAACUGAUGGCUGGCUGGGAACAAGUGAAAGAAUGGCAAGAUAAAGCCAAAACGGGUACUUUGGGCAAGAUUCUCAACACAGUCCAACUCACGGAAAAGAUUCGGUUCGCAAAGACGACAAAUCUAAAAAUCGUGUUCACCAGUGGGUGUUUUGAUAUUCUUCACAUGGGCCACAUCGACCUUCUUCAGAAAGCCAAGUCAUUUGGUCAUCGGCUUGUAGUUGGGAUCAGGUCCGAUGCCUCGAUUCAACGACUAAAAGGGGCCAGCCGGCCUAUCGUUCAGGAGACCAGGCGCGCACAGUUGUUAUCCGCACUUGCCUGUGUUGAUUACGUGGUCAUAUUCAACGAAGAUGAUGCUCUCCAUCUUGUCCAGGCGAUCCAUCCCGAUGUUCUGGUUUUAUCGGCGGCCGACCAAGAGGCUGAGAUUGCAGAGCAGAGACUAGUGGAGGCUCAGGGCGGUCGGGUCGAAGUUAUCCCGAUGACUGAAGGGCUGUCUACAACGGCGCUGGUCAACUCCAUUAUCGAGCGCCACCGGAGUUAA